AGGAAGCAGAGGACAGUUCAGACUCAACUGCGGUGAUAUUGGAAAUGUGGUGCUAGAUGAGCCGUGCUUCCAUUGUGCAUCUUCUGACAUCGUAUUGCAUUCUGUGCUGAUAACUUAUAAACGAACGUAAAAGCUUCGUUUUCCCUUUUUCUCAUCAAUAACUGUGUGAUCACAUUGGUGUGCCAUGGCGGAAGACGAUCCUCGAUUAAACCACUCCAACGAUCCUGACCUCAAGUUUUUGGUUGUUGACCGGAAUGUGUUCAACGACCCAGCAGCACAGGCAGAGUGGACACAGAAGCGUCUUGUUUGGGUUCCUCAUGAGGCCCAUGGGUUUGUGGCUGCCUCGAUCAAAGGUGACCGUGGCGAUGAGGUCGAAGUGGAGGUCCAAGACACCGGGAAGCGGGUCAUGGUGGCUAAAGACGACAUACAGAAGAUGAACCCACCCAAGUUCAACAAAGUGGAAGAUAUGGCUGACCUUACAUGCCUUAAUGAGGCCUCAGUUCUUCACAAUCUCAAGGACCGAUAUUAUUCAGGUCUCAUAUAUACGUAUUCAGGUCUCUUCUGCGUUGUGGUAAACCCGUACAAGAGAUUGCCCAUCUACUCGGAGAAGAUAAUCGAGCUGUACAAAGGAAAGAAGAGGCACGAAGUCCCUCCUCAUGUCUUCGCCAUCACCGACACCGCUUACCGCUCCAUGCUCCAAGAUCGUGAGGAUCAGAGCAUUUUGUGCACUGGUGAGAGUGGGGCAGGUAAGACAGAGAACACGAAGAAGGUGAUCCAGUAUCUCGCUUACGUGGCCGCCUCCAAACCCAAACCUGGCACCACCACCCACUCCGGUGAAUUGGAAAACCAGUUGCUCCAGGCGAAUCCUAUUUUGGAAGCUUUUGGCAACGCCAAGACGGUCAAGAAUGACAAUUCCUCCCGAUUCGGGAAAUUCAUUCGGAUUAACUUCGACGCGUCGGGGUACAUCGCGGGAGCGAACAUCGAGACGUAUCUAUUGGAGAAGUCUCGUGCGAUCCGCCAGGCGAAGGACGAGCGAACUUUCCACAUCUUCUAUCAGCUUCUCUCCGGGGCUACACCCGAACAAAAGAAGGAGUUUUUGUUGGAGGCCGGAGGGAAUUAUGCGUUCAUGACGAACGGGAGCCUUCCCGUGCCCGGAGUGGACGACGCUCAGGAAUUCCUUUCAACCGUGAAGGCCAUGAACAUCAUGGGUCUCUUCGACGACGACCUUUCCUGCAAGUCUUCACAUUAUCAUGACCCUCUUGUUCGGGCGAUCUUCCGGGUGAUCUCGUCGGUGCUGCUGUUUGGGAACAUGCAGUUUCGUCAGGAGAGGAACUCAGAUCAGGCAACCCUGCCGGACAACACUGUGGCUCAAAAGAUCGCUCAUUUGCUCGGGCUCUCCGUCACGGAGAUGACCAAGGCUUUCCUCAAGCCCAGGAUCAAAGUCGGACGAGACUACGUCACCAAAUCGCAGACCUCGGAACAAGUGGAGUUUGCGGUGGAGGCAAUCGCGAAGGCGUGCUACGAGCGGAUGUUCCGCUGGCUCGUCAUCCGCAUCAACAAGAGCCUCGACCGGACGAAGAGACAGGGGGCUUCCUUCAUCGGCAUCCUCGACAUCGCCGGCUUCGAGAUCUUCGAUUUGAAUUCGUUCGAGCAGCUGUGCAUCAACUACACGAAUGAGAAGCUGCAACAACUGUUCAAUCACACCAUGUUCAUCUUGGAGCAAGAGGAAUACCAACGGGAGGGAAUCGAAUGGAAGUUCAUUGACUUUGGCCUCGACCUUCAGCCCACCAUCGACCUCAUUGAGAAGCCAAUGGGAAUCUUGGCCCUGCUGGAUGAGGAGUGCUGGUUCCCUAAGGCAACAGAUAAGACAUUUGUGGAGAAACUCCUUUCAGCUCAUUCUGUCCAUCCCAAGUUCAUGAAGACAGAUUUCCGUGGUAUUGCUGACUUUGCCAUCAUCCAUUAUGCUGGGAAGGUUGAUUACUCUGCUGCCAAAUGGCUAAUGAAGAACAUGGAUCCAUUGAAUGAGCAUGUUGUCUCCCUGCUUCAGGCAUCACAAGAAUCUUUCAUUGUCCAAAUCUGGAAGGAUGCUGAGAUUGUUGGUAUGGGUAACAUGGCCAUGGCGGACACACAGUUCGGAAACCGCACUCGUAAGGGAAUGUUCCGAACUGUGUCUCAGCUCUACAAGGAACAGCUUGCCAAACUGAUGAUGACACUGAGGAACACAAACCCAAACUUCGUACGCUGCAUUAUUCCAAAUCACGAGAAACGAGCAGGGAAGAUCGAUGCCCCACUGGUGCUAGACCAAUUGCGAUGCAAUGGUGUUCUGGAGGGGAUACGUAUCUGUCGACAGGGCUUCCCAAACCGAAUCCCCUUCCAGGAAUUCCGACAGCGCUACGAGCUCCUUACUCCCAACUGUAUCCCCAAAGGCUUCAUGGAUGGCAAGAAGGCAUGCGAGAAGAUGAUUCAAAACCUGGAGCUGGAUCCAAACCUAUUUCGUAUUGGGCAGUCCAAGAUUUUCUUUCGAGCUGGUGUACUAGCCCACCUAGAAGAGGAACGGGACUUCAAGAUCACAGACCUCAUUGUCAAUUUUCAGGCCUUCUGCCGUGGAAUGCUGGCACGCCGCAACUACCAGAAGCGGAUGCAGCAGCUCAACGCUAUCCGUAUCAUUCAAAGAAAUUGUGUUGCAUAUCUUAAGCUUCGCAACUGGCAGUGGUGGCGCCUCUACACCAAGGUGAAGCCCCUGCUCCAAGUCACAAAGCAGGAAGAAGUGCUGACCCAGAAGGAAGAUGAACUACGUGCUGUGAAAGACAAACUUGAUCACCAUCAGAAGGUUACCUUAGAGUUGGAGAAGAAAUAUGAACAGAUGCUCAAUGAUAAGAACAUCCUAGCUGAGCAACUUCAGGCAGAGACAGAGCUGUGUGCUGAGGCUGAGGAAAUGCGAGCACGCCUUGCUUCCCGAAAGCAGGAGCUUGAGGACAUCCUCCAUGACAUGGAGGGUAGGCUUGAGGAGGAGGAAGAACGUGCUGUUAUGCUCCAGACAGAGAAGAAGAAAUUGCAAAUGCAUAUUCAGGACUUGGAAGAGCAACUGGAGGAGGAGGAAGGAGCAAGACAGAAGAUUCAGCUGGAGAAGGUACAAGUUGAGGCCAGGGUCAAGCAGUACGAGGAGCAACUAGCCAUAACUGAGGACUCUAAUCAAAAGCUGAUAAAGGAGAAGAAGCUAUUGGAGGAGCGUGCACAGGAUCUGUCCCAGACACUAGCUGAGGAAGAGGAGAAGGCAAAGCAUUUAACAAAACUGAAGGCAAAACAUGAGGCCACAAUUGGAGACCUUGAGGAGCGGCUCCAUAAGGAACUGCAUGGACGUCAGGAGAUGGAACGUGCCAAACGCAAGAUUGAGACAGAGCUCAAUGACUUGAAAGAGCAGCUCAAUGAACGAAGAGUUCAGGUUGAAGAGAUUCAACUACAGCUAGCCAAGCGAGAGGAGGAGCUGACUCAGGCUAUGAUGCGUGUUGACGAAGAGGGUGCUGUCCGUGCUCAUUCUCAGAAGCAAUAUCGGGAACUUGAGUCACAGCUGGCUGAGCUCCAAGAAGACCUGGAUGCUGAGAAGGUAGCCCGGGCAAAGGCUGAGAAGCAGAAGCGGGACCUCAAUGAAGAGCUUGAGGCACUGAAGAAUGAGCUUCUGGAUUCCCUCGAUACUACUGCUGCUCAGCAGGAACUCAGGAGUAAGCGAGAGCAGGAACUGGCUGCAAUGAAGAAGGCUCUUGAAGAUGAGACUGCUCUUCAUGAGCAAGCCUUGGCUGACUUCCGUCACAAACACAAUCAGGCCUUUGAAGAGGUCAAUGAACAGCUUGAUAGUCUCAAGAAGUCAAAGAUAACUCUGGAGAAGACCAAGCAGAACCUGGAAGCAGAGAAUGCAGAUAUGGCCAAUGAAAUAAAAUCUCUCAACAGUGCCAAACAGGAGUUGGAAAGGAGAAGGAAGCAACUGGAGCAGCAGGUCACUGAGCUGGAUAACAAACUUCAUGACACGGAUGCAUUGCGGGCAGAGCUCAUUGACAAAACCCAGAAGAUGACUUCUGAGCUAGAGAUCUUGACAGCUCAGCUUGAGGAGGCAGAGACCAAAGCAAGUGGCUCAGCCAAGGCAGUUGCCACCCUUGAAGCUAUGCUGGCUGAAGCCCAGAGGUCACUGGAAGAUGAGACUCAGGAAAAACUCAGUAUCAGCUCAAAGCUCCGCCAAGCAGAGAAUGAGAGAGAAGCAUUGCAGGAACAGCUUGAGGAGGAAGAAGAAGCUAAGAGGAACCUGGAGAAGCAGAUCACACAGUUGAGUGUACAAUUGAUAGAGGCCAAGAAACGAGCAGAGGAGGAAGCUGAGAAUUCAGCUCAGCUUGAAGACUCUAAGAAGAAGCUUGUCAAAGACAUGGAGGUGCUGCAGCGAAACCUGGAUGAGCUUCAAGCAACAAAUGACAAGUUGGACAAGUCCCGCAAGAAGCUACAAGCAGACAUGGAGGACACACAAAUUGAAUUGGAAGCUCAACGUUCCAAGGUCCAAGAGCUCGAGAAGAAGCAGAGAAAUUUUGAUAAAGUUCUUGCAGAAGAGAAGGCUGUCUCUGAGCGUAUUGCCAAUGAACGGGACCAGGCUGAGCGGGAGGCACGGGAGAAGGAGACAAAAGUCCUCAGUCUCAAUCGGGAACUUGAAGAUGCCAUGGCCAAAAUUGAAGAAUUGGAGCGUGGUCGACGUGCACUUCAGAAUGAACUUGAUGAGCUGGUUAAUUCAGCUGGCACUGCAGACAAGAAUGUGCAUGAGUUAGAGAAGGCCAAGCGUGCCCUCGAAGGCUCCCUAGAUGACCUCAAAGGUCAGAUUGAGGAACUUGAAGGGGAGCUCCAACUUGCUGAGGAUGCCAAGCUCCGUCUAGAAGUGAAUAUGCAGGCUCAAAAGCAACAAUUUGAGCGGGAUCUCCAGGCUCGUGAAGAGCAGGCAGAAGAAAAGAGGCGGGCACUUCAGAAGCAACUGAGAGAGACAGAAGAGGAGUUGGAAGAUGAACGGAAGCAACGGGCAGCGGCAGUGAAUGCGAGAAAGAAACUGGAGAAUGACUACAAGGAUCUGGAGCAGCAGAUGGAGCUCAAUAGUAAAAUGAAAGAAGAUGCCCUCCGUCAACUGAAGAAGUUCCAAGCUCAAAUCAAGGACUAUCAGCGGGAUGCUGAAGAAUCACGCCAGGCCAAGGAAGAGCUCCUUGCCCAGCUGAAGGAUAUUGAGAAAAAGAUUAAGUCUCUGGAGGCAGAGAACCUCCAGCUACAAGAGGACCUAGCCUCUGCAGAGCGUGCCCGCCGUACUGCAGAGAAUGAGCGGGAUGAGCUCCAAGAGGAAAUCAAUAGCAAUGCCAGCAAAGGGUCCUUCUUGAUAGAUGAAAAACGUCGACUGGAGACACGCAUCCAGACACUGGAAGAGGAACUGGAAGAGGAGCAGAGCAACUCAGAAAUUCAAAUGGACCGGUGCAGGAAGGCUCAACUUCAGAUUGAACAGCUCACAACUGAUUUGGCAGCGGAGCGGUCCAACACACAGAAACUGGAGAGUGCCAAACUCCUCCUGGAAAGGCAAAACAAGGAGCUGCGUGCCAAAUUGUCAGAGGCAGAAACCACACAGAGGACACGCAUGAAGGUUCAGCUCCAAGCUCUUGAGGCAAAAAUCGCUCAGCAGGAAGAACAACUUGAGACUGAAGCCAAGGAGAGGCAGACCCUGUCCAAAUCCAACCGGAAACUGGAGAAGAAGUUAAAGGAGCUGAUGAUGCAGUUGGAGGACGAGCGGCGGCAUGGUGAUCAGUACAAGGAACAAGUGGAGAAGGCACAUGGAAGAGUGAAGAGCCUCAAGCGCCAGAUUGAAGAACACGAGGAGGAGGUGAGUCGCGAGAAGGCACAGCGCCGCAAAGCCCAGCGAGAACUUGAAGACCAGCUGGAGGUAAACGAAUCCCAGCAGCGGGAGAUCACCAACCUCAAGAGCAAACUCAGACUCCCUCCCCUUUGGAAUCGCACUGCUUUUGCUUUCGUAUCUGAUGCCCCUCUUUCUCUUUGCUUCCUGGUCCUCUUUCCGUGCUCCUUUCUCAGGGACAAGAGGGGAGGAGCACUUCAGGGGUCUCGGUUGUUGGCGACAUCAAAGCGUGGGAGUAUUCCACCUGGAGGGGAAGACUCCAUUUCCACCAACCAAGAUGAUUCUGUUGAUGGAGAAGAGGAAGUGUCCCCCAAAUCAAGCAAAGUCAUUGUUGUGACUUUGCAUGUUGUGUGGUUUUUGAAACAUGAUGAGCAACUGCACAUUCCCAGAUUGUUGUUCUUUCUCAGUAACCAAAACCAAGCAAGUGCCUGGAGUGCAAAAUCAAUUGCAACAAAAGAAAAAAUG